GCCUCUAAAUACCAAUCGGCCCUUGGUGUAGCGACAAAUACUCGGCUUGAUGAUGAUGAUCAAAAUCAUGCGGUUAAAUUCAAACAAGACAUCUUAAAUUUACAGAAAUCAUUGGAAGAUUAUGUUACUCACUUGAAACCUAAUAUGAAUAUUGAUAUUGAAAAAGUAAAAAUCCUUGCGAAAGAAUAUGGUUGCUUAAAUGAAAUUAGUGAGUCAGAUAAACUCUUUAUUAAAGCUAUUUUACAACGCAUAAAAUUAGAUCAGGUACAAAAUUAUUCCUUUAGAUUAUCUGAAUAUUCAAAUGUCGCACUUGAAUUAGAUAUCGAUAUCAAAUCACGUGAAUUGUUAGAAUUAAUGGAAAAACUUUCGAAAACUCGCGUUGGUGCCGACAAAGUAAUUGAUGCGGCGGCAAUAAAAAUACGUCAACAAAUUUAUGGAUCCUUG